CGGAGGAGGAGCCGGCUGCUAAUGCUAUGUACCGGGACACUGCUAAUGCCGCUUGCCGUGCUGCUAACGUUUGUUUCUCAAAAAAAUCAGUCGGGUCGAUGACCCACCUGCACAUGGGCUACAAUGUAUGAUUGAAAAUGAAUAACAGUUGAAAGUAUUCGAAAUGUCCAUCCCCAUCUAGCUAUGAUGCUAGUUAGUGCCGUCUCCACUGUUCAAAAAUAUCUCCUAUAUAGACCCUCGCUUUGCCUCGAGUUUUGUCUUGGUGUUUUUCGGAAUCAUAACCAUUGUAGCUCAGUCAUAACUGUAACUGAUGCUGAGACUCUACUGACUGUGUGACUGGUAGACGGCAGUGGGUGGCGCAACAGGCGAAAACACAAAUUCAAAACAUAAACAUGAUUUGCGGACCGUAAAUUUUUUUUUAAAAAUGCAAAUAUUCUGGCUGUACUAUUGUUGGUGAGAUCAGUAUGUUAUAUUAACAUUAUUCCUUAGUCUCUGUGACAUAUUAGGAUGAAUUUACGACUAUUUGCUUUAGAUUUCUUUCAUAUAGCUCCUUUAACUAUAAUUUACUGCAGGGCACUGGCCCUUAUUUCAAUGAUAAGUGGUCUUCUGGAGGAAUGCAUAGUCUUCAAAAUAUGUAUGAUAGAAAUGGACUGCUUUCAUUUCAAAGGCUUAAAAAGAGGUUUUGUCUUGCUGGAUUUUCUUGGUUCCUCUACCUCCAAUUGAGAUCAGCAAUUCGUGCCCAUGAAGUCCCCUGGGACUCCCCUCUACCCUCUCAUCCAUUAAGCACUUGGGUUGAGCCUAGAUCAUACUAUGCUAUCCCGUUAAAGGGUUUUUUUGUGUGUGAGUUUUUCCUUAUCUGCUGCAAGGGUCCAAAGGACUAGGGAUGGAAAUCGAGAACCGGUUCCUGUUAAGAACCGGUUCCAACUGGUUCAAUUCAUCGACAUCGUUAGCCUUUAUGCUUAACGAUUCCCUUAUCAAUUCUUUUCAUUACGCCGAAUCUAUGCUCGUCAGUCAGCAGCAUGUUCAACAACAAAGAAGACGUAAUGGCGGAGAGACAGAAGCGGUUAAAGCUGUGGCUUCACUUCACGCUGUUGUUAGCCUCCCUGGAGCUGCUAGCCCGCUGUGGAGCUUUGGCGCAUCCCCGCUCCAGAUGGACGGCGGGCAGGGCGCUGUUGUUGUUAGCCUCCCUGGAGCUGCUAGCCCACUGUGGAACUUUGGCGCAUCCCUGCUCCAGGUGGACGGCGGGCGGGGCGCUGUUGUUGUUUGCCUCACUGGAGCUGCUAGCCCACUGUGGAGCUUCGGUGCAUCCCAGCUCCAGGUGGACGGCGGGCGGGGCGCUGUUGUUGUUAGCCUCCCUAGAGCUGCUAGCCCGCUGUGGAGCUUCGGCACAUCCCCGCUCCAGGUUGACGGCGGGCGAGGUGCUGUUGUUGUUAGCCUCCCUGGAGCUGCUAGCCCGCUGUGGAGCUUUGGCUUAUCCCAGCUCCAGGUGGACGGCGGGGCGCUGUUGUUGUUAGCCUCACUGGAGCUGCUAGCCCGCUGUGGAGCUUCGGUGCGUCCCCGCUCCUGUUGUCGGAUUUCAUGGGAACACCAAGGAUGGUAAGAUGAGGGCAGUUGAGUUGAUUUGCAAGCUAUUUGUUGUUAUAAUAUGCAGGGCUAGCUGUGUUAGCUGCCUCACCUGAGUUAGCUGCACUAGCUGCGUGGUGUUGAAACACUCAGGCUGUGGGCCGGGAUUUAUCUCUAUAUCACCAGCUAGGAGUAACAUUAAUGACAACUCAUUGUGGCUGUUGUGACACAGAUAACUGUAUGCCAAUGCUGGCUUAUGACUGUGAAAGCUGCCGUUAGUUUUUUGUGUGGUUAACAGUUAGACAGCGUCGAAACAUUUCUAUGCGGGAGGAGGUGUGGGUUACAAACAACAGGAGGUGAUAUCAUUAAUUCACAGGAGGAAUUGAUAAAGAAUCGGAUCGAUAAGCAGAAUCGAUAAUGGCAUUGAUAUCGAUAAAAUCCUAUCAAUUCCCAUCCCUACAAAGGACAGAGGGAUGUAGUAUGCUGUAAAGCCCUGUGAGGUAAAUUGUGAUUUGUGAUAUUGGGCUUUAUAAAUAAAAUUGAUUGAUUGACUGAUAGCAUCCAACAUUUAUAAUCACCUGGCCACAAAAAAUGCCCAAACUCUCAGGGUGACUGAGUCCUGGAAUCUUGAUUUGGACGGACAGGGCUUUGAACGUGACUGGGACAAAAUCUGGUCUAAUAUAUUUAUUUCAUCCAAAAAUCCAGCAAAUCAACAUACACUUUAAGUUUGUGCACAAAUUUUAUGCCACACCCUACAGAUGUUUUAAAAUGAAAAGUAUAGACAGUCCAAACUGCACUAAAUGUAGCCAGAAUACUGCAGGUACAUACCUUCAUGUUUUUUGGGAAUGCCCCUCAGUCUCUGAUUUUUGGAGUACGAUGGCAAAGUAUCUGAAAAAAUUUUGAAAUUUCCAAUUCCUAAACAGCCUACUUUGUUACUAUUCAAUGAUGAUUCUGCCCUAAGUGAAAACAUCAGGUUAGCCCUUAGGAAGAUCAUAUUUGCAGGUUUAAUUGCUGCCAAGAAGACAAUAAUUCACUUAUGGUUUUCUCCUGAGUCUCCGUUGAUUAAAGAAUGGAUGAAUCAUUUCAGGGAUAUCACUGUCAUAGAAAGAUCACUGGCCGUAAUUCAUAAGGCCCGGGCAUCCUCUGUGGAGGCUUGGGUUGCCCUUAUUGGUUCUCUUUGAGAUCCACAUUUUCUUGCAUAACUAUAACUGAUUAAAGAACUUAAUAGUAUAAGAAAGCCUACACACAGAGUCUGCCCACUCUGUCACAUGAAAGUUGAUCUUUGGUAUAGUUUUAGUAUAGUGUUUGUCUAAACUUUUGUUUUGUCUUUUGUGUUUGGCGUUAUUAUUUAUUACUCAAUGUACUUUUAUUUCUAUUUUUUUUUGUCUAAUUUCAUUUUCAAAGGCAAUGGUGAUAUGUAUAAAGUUAUUU